AACUGAGCAAGUCACAAACAACAAAGACACAGACAGCAAGGCAUCGAGAGAGCGCCACGCACACCAUUCCCAAACCACAUCCACUCUCCAUAAUUAACACGCCAACACUCCCAAUCUUCCACUCACAGCAGACCAGACCUGCUCUUCUUUUCUUCUUCGUCGUCGUCUCAGAGGAAGGAUCACCUUUAUUUGGUACAUAUUUUCUCUUUGGAACUACCAUGGCAGCACCAUCAGCAUGUCUGGUAGGCAGUGGUCUCGCAACCUAUUCAACCAAACCAAACUCGAGCAAGGUAUUCCAUACUAGGAAUCUUCAUAUUCCCUCAGGUUUCUCAUAUGGGGGCAGGAAAUCAAAUGUGGUCUUUGUAAGAGCAUCUUUAGAACAAAAGCAUCAUCAAGAAAGAAGGGGCUUUUUAAGGUUGUUGCUUGGAAAUGCUGGAAUUGGUGUUCCUGCUUUGUUGGGAACUGGGAAAGCUUAUGCUGAUGACCAAGGGGUUUCUUCCUCCAGAAUGUCUUAUUCUAGAUUUUUGGAGUAUUUGGACAAGGAUAGGGUUAAAAAGGUUGACUUGUUUGAAAAUGGAACUAUAGCUAUUGUGGAGGCUGUCUCUCCUGAGUUGGGUAAUCGUGUCCAACGGGUUCGUGUGCAGUUGCCAGGACUCAGCCAAGAGCUUCUUCAGAAGUUCAGGGAGAAGAAUAUUGACUUUGCUGCUCAUAACGCUCAAGAAGAUUCUGGUUCUUUGUUAUUCAACUUGAUUGGAAACCUAGCUUUCCCAUUGAUCUUGAUUGGCGCACUUUUCCUUCUUUCAAGGCGAUCAUCAGGAGGAAUGGGUGGUCCAGGUGGACCUGGGUUCCCUCUUGGCUUUGGUCAAUCAAAAGCAAAGUUCCAAAUGGAACCUAACACUGGUGUAACAUUUGAUGAUGUUGCUGGAGUUGAUGAGGCAAAGCAGGAUUUCAUGGAGGUUGUGGAGUUUCUGAAGAAGCCUGAGAGAUUCACUGCAGUUGGGGCUCGCAUUCCUAAAGGUGUUCUUCUCGUUGGUCCUCCUGGAACUGGAAAGACUCUUCUAGCCAAGGCAAUUGCUGGUGAAGCUGGUGUUCCAUUUUUCUCCAUCUCAGGUUCUGAGUUCGUUGAGAUGUUUGUUGGUGUUGGUGCCUCUAGAGUCCGCGAUCUUUUCAAGAAAGCCAAGGAGAAUGCCCCUUGCAUUGUCUUUGUGGAUGAAAUUGAUGCUGUGGGACGGCAAAGAGGAACUGGUAUUGGUGGAGGGAACGAUGAAAGGGAGCAGACACUUAACCAGCUUUUGACAGAAAUGGAUGGAUUUGAGGGUAACACAGGUAUCAUUGUUAUUGCAGCAACUAACAGGGCAGACAUUCUGGACUCUGCUUUACUGAGGCCAGGAAGGUUUGAUAGACAGGUGACAGUGGAUGUUCCAGACAUAAGAGGCAGAACAGACAUACUGAAGGUUCAUGCCAGCAAUAAGAAGUUUGAUGCUGAUGUGUCACUUGAUGUGAUAGCCAUGAGAACACCUGGUUUUAGCGGAGCAGAUCUUGCAAACCUCUUAAAUGAGGCUGCCAUAUUGGCCGGUCGGAGGGGCAAGGCAGCAAUUUCAUCUAAAGAGAUUGAUGAUUCAAUUGAUAGAAUUGUGGCUGGCAUGGAGGGAACAGUUAUGACAGACGGGAAGAGCAAAAGCUUGGUUGCAUACCAUGAAGUGGGCCAUGCCAUAUGUGGAACAUUAACUCCAGGGCAUGAUCCUGUUCAAAAGGUGACGCUGAUUCCACGUGGGCAGGCACGUGGUCUCACUUGGUUCAUCCCUUCAGAUGACCCCACCCUGAUCUCCAAGCAACAACUCUUUGCAAGAAUUGUUGGUGGACUUGGUGGUAGAGCUGCCGAGGAAGUCAUCUUUGGUGAGCCUGAGGUGACCACAGGUGCUGCUGGUGACUUACAGCAAAUCACUUCAUUGGCUAAACAGAUGGUAGUAACAUUUGGCAUGUCUGACAUUGGUCCAUGGUCGCUUAUGGAAGCAUCAGCUCAAAGUGGCGACGUGAUCAUGAGAAUGAUGGCAAGAAAUUCGAUGUCAGAGAAAUUGGCAGAAGACAUUGAUGCUGCUGUCAAGAAGUUAACAGACAGUGCAUAUGAGGUUGCAUUGAGACACAUUAGAAACAACCGGGAAGCAAUUGACAAGAUUGUAGAAGUGCUCCUUGAGAAGGAAACAAUGUCUGGAGAUGAAUUCAGGGCAAUCCUAUCAGAGUUUGUGGAAAUCCCAGCUGAAAACCGGGUCCCUCCUUCAUUACCCUCUCCCGUCUCCGUUUGAGCAGAGCAGAAAUAUCAUUCAACCUUGAUCAUUCUUCUUUGAUUGGUCAAAUGUAUAAGAGUGUACGUAUAUAUGCUAAUUUCUACUAAAUUUUAUAAAGAAAGAACCAAAGUUACAUUUUCAAAAUAACUGAGUUAUGUCAUAAAAAGCAAUUGUUUAU